AAAUCUAAACCAAAGAAGAAGAACUGAUGGCAGGCGCCAGCGCAGAAGAAGAAUGGUGCCGCUAGUAGUGGCUAUAAAUGGGCUACAGAUAUAAACAACCCAAGUUUCUGAUCAAUUUGGCUGUUCUCGUAAGUAACUCAGAGCCAUACCUGUUUGUUUUAAGUCGAACUGCCCCAGAAGGAAGAUUUCACCCUCUCUACCAGAGUCACAGCCACACAAACGGAGCAUCUUCAUCCUAUCACUGAGUUCUGUGUUGUUUCUUCGCCCACCGGCGUCGUUUUAAGAAGCGGCCACGAUGCCGCUGGGUUUGAAACCAUGUUGCGCCGUUUGCAAGACUAAUUCUUCUUCGAUGUGGAAGAAAGGAAACCAGGGAGAGAUCCUAUGUAACAGCUGCACGGGAAAGAGCGCCAGCGGCGGGGCGUCAGGACCCUCCCUGUCCUCCAUCACUCAGCCCAGCAAUGGCGGAGGGAAACAGUCCAAGCAGGAGAUCCACAGGAGGUCUGCACGUCUGAGAAGCACCAAGUACAAAGCUCCUGCAUCAGAGAAAAAAGUCUCAACCAAAGGAAAAGGAAGACGACACAUAUUUAAACUCAAAAAUCCAAUCAAAGCACCAGAAUCUGUAGCGACUAUCAUCACGUCAGAAUCCAUAUUUUAUAAGGGUGUAUUCUACCAGAUAGGAGACGUGAUUAAGGUAACAGAUGAAGAAGAUGGGAAGCCUUACUAUGCUCAGAUUCGAGGCUUUGUACAGGAUCAGUACUGUGAAAAAAGUGCAGCACUGACGUGGCUCAUCCCCACUCAAGCCAGCCCUAAGGACCAGUUCGAUCCUGGCACCUAUAUUGUUGGUCCAGAGGAGGAUCUGCCCAGAAAGAUGGAGUAUUUGGAGUUUGUGUGCCACGCCCCCUCUGAGUACUUCAAGUCUCGGAGCACCCCGUUCCCUACUAUCCCAAUACGACCAGAAAAAGGCUAUAUUUGGACCCACAUAGGACCCACACCGGCCCACACUGUCAAAGAGUCUGUCAGUGCCAGCAGUUAGUGGGACUGUGAUUAAAGACAUGGACUCCGUUCUUAAAGAAAUAAAUGUACAUUCACAUGAUGCUAGUGCAGGGUCAGCAGUCGCCAGCACAUCAGCAGAGCAUCUGCAGAGGUAGAUGUUGCAGUCAGUGGAGGUUUAAAUGUAAAUAAGGUUUAAAUGUAAUAAAUACUGAUAUCUGGGAGGACUGUGUCAUCUGGGAGGACGCAGGACGGUCUGAAAUGUGACAUUUGUUUUUAGUGACGCCUAGCAACAGGAGCGACGGGGUCUUUCAAUGACUAGUAACAGGAAGAAGCGUCACAAAUGAGACACCCCCCCGAAUUACUUCAAACUUGGCACUGCCUCCAGUCCAUACACCCGCCAAGUUUGAAGGAGAACAGACGACCAAUGCAUACAGAGAUUCCUUCAUUUAUUAAGGAGAUAAUGAUUUUGGGGUUUUCUGAUCAUUACUUCACAUUUGAAGGCGAGUUGUAAGUUGAUGGUAAUGAUGUGUCUAAUUGCUUUGUGUUAUUCACAAGCUGUGAUGCUGAAACAUAUGGAAGCUUGUUUACACCACUUUUUUUUUUUUUUUUUUUCCAGUGGUAGAAACAAGUUUCCAUAAAAAUGUUACUUUUGUAUUUGAUAAUAAACAAAAAGCUCUUUUCCAUCACUACUGUUGCCUGUGA